CCCUACUGCUGCUUCGACACCAGCACCUUUUCUUUUCCGGUGGUCGAAGAUUUUCGUCAGCUGACUCUGGAUCUCGACACAAUAAAUAAUUUCCUCGGCCUGUCUGAGAAGAACAGAGUGGUGAGGUGGAGAGAGGGAUUACAUAAAUACUCCAGUCAUCCAGAGAGAUUUGACUCAAAGUAUCAGGUGUUGUGUAAGGAGAGUCUGACUGGACGCUGUUACUGGGAGGUUGAGAGGAGCAGCGGGGGGGGUUCUGUGUCCAUAUCAGUCUCAUAUAAAGGAAUCAGCAGAAAAGGACGGGGUGAUGAGUGUGAGUUUGGACACAACAGUCAGUCCUGGAGUCUGCAGUGUGGCUCUUCUUCUCUCUCUUUCUAUCACAACAGCAUUGAGACCAAGCUCUCAGCCCCACUGCCCUCCAGAAUUGGAGUGUAUGUGGAUCACAGUGCAGGAAUUCUGUCCUUCUACAGCGUCUCUGACACAAUGACCCUCCUACACACCGUACACACCACAUUCACUCAGCCUCUUUACGCCGGGUUCUUGGUUGUUUUGGGAUCACUUAAACUGUGUGACUCUGGGUGAAGCAGAGUUAUUAUAGCUCUGAAAUGUUCAGCACUUUUUAUUUUCAUUUAAUUUUGAUGAAUUUUAGCUCAGUUUCAGUUGGUCUUAUGAGUGCAUUAAUAGUUUUAGCUUCUAUGUUCUGAAAAGCAACAGUUUUAGUUUAGUUUUUAUUCACUUUCGCUUUCAGAUUAUUGGAUAUUUGCUUUAUGGUGGAUAUUACGGUAAAUAUUUGUUUCUUUCUAAGGAAUUUCGCUGUUUUUGCAAACCUAAAUCAAACAAUACUAACCUCACAUUAAGCAUCAUCUUAUGAAAACGGAAAUUACACUUUUCUGAAGUAAGCGUUUGAUGUUGUAUAUAAACACUGUUAAUAAUAAACAUCUAGAGCCAAAAAAACUAAUCAUUAUCUUUUUUAGGAUAUCUGUAAAAAUAGUACCUUAAAGUGAAUAUAAAUGCAUAUGAACACCAAAAAUAAAUAAGCAAAUAAGAGACAAACAAUAAUACAAUAAUAUUAUUAAUAAUACAAAAUCAUAAUCCAUGCAAUAAAAUAAACAAAUAAAUUUGCAUGGUAUAAAGAGGGAUAAACGAUGUAGACCAGAGCUGCCCAAAGUGAGGCUGGUAAGAGGGUUUGAUUUGGUCCACCAGAAAGUGACCAUAACUGUCUGACUUCCACAAACAAGCUUUAUAUUAUGGUAAAAUUAAUUUACCCACAGGUUUUCACCACACAGCUCUUUAUUGUGGAACAACAGGGUUAUUACCAUUAAUAGAAAAUCUAAGUUCAUUUUAAAGUUUAUUUAUAAAGCGCUUUUUACAACAGGUGUUGUCACAA